UCUUUGUUUUUCCUCAUUGUCUUUGUUAUUGUUUCCAUUUUUGUCUUAAUUGUUAUUUACAAUUAAUUUCAAUUGUUGUCUUUAAAUUUAGUGUAUUUAUCUAGUCAUUAGAACUAUGGCUUUGUGGUGUGAUAAAUAUCGACCAAGUAGUUUAAACAAAUUGGAUUAUAAUAAGGAACAGGCUGAUUAUUUGAAGCGAAUGAUUCGAUCGAAUGAUUUUCCACAUUUACUGGUCUAUGGAUCACCAGGAUCUGGAAAACGUACUCGGGUUCAAUGUAUUCUCAGGGAAAUUUAUGGUUCUGGUGUUGAUAAAACUCGAAUUGAACAUUUAACCAUUGAGACGCCUUCUAACAAAAAGCUUGAGCUUAAUUCGAUUGCUUCUAAUUAUCAUAUCGAAAUUAAUCCAAGUGAUAUUGGAAUUCAAGAUCGUCUGGUUGUUCAAGAUGUCAUGAAAAAUAUAGCUCAAAGUGGAGGCCUUGUUGAUAAGGUUCCGUUUAAAGUGAUUGUUAUUUCGGAGGCUCAUAAAUUGUCCAAAGAUGCUCAGCAUUCACUCAGACGAACAAUGGAAAAAUAUAUUUCAACCCUUCGAUUGAUUAUGGUCGCUGAUACAAGUUCAACGAUUUUACCACCAAUUAAAAGUCGUUGUCUUUUACAUAGAGUUUCAGCUCCAACGACCGAUAAAAUAGCUCAAAUACUUGAAUUUGUCGGACGGAGAGAAAAUUUUGAUCUUGGUCCAAAUUUAAUCUCGAAAAUUGCCUCUGAAUGUGAUCGCAAUUUACGUCGAGCCCUGUUGAUGAUGGAAACCAUGUACAUCAAUUCAAGCCAAGAGAUUAUCAAACCUUCUUAUAUGCUUUACAUUCAAAGAAUAGCCAAAAAGAUGAUUGAAAAUCCGACCUUGGAAAAAGUGAAAGACAUUCGAGAAGAUUUUUACGAACUUGAGCAACAUCUUAUCCCUGUGGAGAUUAUUUUCAAAGUUUUAAUUCGCUCAUUGUUACACAUUUGUAAUGGAGUUUUAAAAGGUAAAUUACUUCAACUUGCUUCUCAUUACGAACAUCAAAUGAGAGUGGGAAGUAAACGGGUCCUUCAUUUUGAAGCUUUUGUCGCUCACUUCAUGGCCGCUUAUCAGAAAUUUACUGAGGAUAAUUUGAUUGACGAUGAUGAAGAUUUACUUUCCAUGUAGAAUCAGGAAUGUUCAUCAAUGGAAACUAAUUCCCUUAAUUGUUGUGGAUCAUGAAAACAUUUUUACUUCCUAGCAGUUGUCGAUUCAAUUUUAAAAAUUUCCUCUCACUCAAUCAAUUAUCAAUAUUUUUUUAUCUAAAAAAAAUAAAUCGUCGAGUUCAAACUCUUAA